AUGGGAGGCCCGCCAUCCGACUCCACCUACGUCUUCGACAACUACGAGAACGGCAAGCCAAAAUGGGCACCUGGCAAAGACCACCAGCGCGACUAUCACGAAUACCGCGAUAGCCGCAGAGGAGAUCAUCGUCGUCCUCGCAGAAACAGAUAUGACGAAGAUGAGGGGCCUCCACCUCCACCGCCACAGGCACAGGGUGCAUAUCCUCCACCCCCGCCACCAGGACAAGGAGCACCGCCACCACCUAGAGAAGCACCUCGAGACUCUCGACCCCGCCACCACCGCAGACAACCCUCAUACUCCUCCGACUCCGACUCAGGCGGCCCACCCCCACCACGCCGCAGCAACCGCCGCGAAGAGCGCCCCCGUCACCACCGCGAGGACACCUACGACUCGUACGACGAAAAUUACCCUCGCCGCCGCCGAGAACGCGAGUCCGGGCGUCGCGACCGCGACGGCUACAAAUCAGAAGGCUACAAGUCUGAAGGCUACAAAUCCGACCGCAGGCCCCGCGACCCUUACUACUCGGACCGUGACCGUGACCGUGACCGUCGCGAGAAAUCCCGUGGCGAUCGCAGACACCGUGAUGACCGCUACGACGACCAUCGCUACGACGACAUGUUUAACAGCCGCCCCGCCCGCCGCGAUAGCCGCUAUGAUGAUAGGCCACCGCGUGAUAGACGCGGGUACUAUGAUGACUACGAGGACCGCUAUGGUGAUCGCAGGAGAAGCACGAGAGAUAGCAAGGCGAAGCCUGAGUGGCAGAAGCAGGCGCUGGGUAUGUUCAAGGAUUAUGCGCUGCCGAUUAUUAAGAAGGAGGGCGCAAGGUAUGUACAGAAGCAGAUGGCUAAUGGGUUUGGGAAGCGUUGA